CAUGGCGACCGCCUGCUAAAGAAAUUCUAACUGACAAGAAGUCUUAAUAACAAUGUCUUUCUUUAAUUUUAAUAUUUUAUAAGUGUAAACUUUAAAUUAUAAUUAACAUUAAAUAAAAAAAAAAACAACAAUUCAUAAAAUGAAUUUCUCAAUUAAAAAAACUGGAGGCCGAAUGUGGCAUGAAGCUAGAAAACAAGAAAAAAAAAUAAGAGGAAUGUUGGUAGAUUAUCGAAGACGAGCUGAACGUAGAAGAGAUUAUUAUGAAAAAAUAAAAUCAGAUCCAACACAAUUUUUGCAACUUCAUGGAAGACCAUGUAAAAUACAUUUGGAUGCAGCAAUUGCAGCUGCUGGUGAUAGUCCAGCAAACAUGAUGCCAUGGCAAGGAAAAGAUGAUAAUCUUAUUGAUAGAUUUGAUGUAAGAGCACAUUUAGAUUGGAUACCAGAACCACCAAAUACAAUUGAUGUUGAUGUUGCUUUAACAAGUGAAGACAGACAUAUUAAUUAUGAACGUUAUAGAAUUAUUGUUCAAAAUGAAUUUUUAGGAGUUAGUGAAGAAAAAUUUUUAAAUCAAAUUCAUCUUGAAGAACAAUUUGGCUCUUCCACAAAACCUGAUUCAUCAAAAGAUAAAAAAAAAUCAUGUAAUAAUGCAGCAAUUGGUUAUAAUUAUGAAACAGAUGAACCAAUACCAGAAACAACAAAAACAGAACAUAAUAUUAUUGAUGAAAAACAAGAUGAUGAAGAUAGUGAUGUUGAUUUAGAUAUUUGUGUUGAUGUAUCACAAAUUGAACCAUCACAAGCACAUGAAAUGAAUCAAACAGCUCAAAAAUAUGGUUUACUUGGUGCUGAUUAUUUUAGUUUUUUAACUCAAGAUUUUGAAGAAGCUGAAACAUUACGUCAAGCAAGAAAACAAGAAGAAGAAAAAGCUAUGUAUUCUGGUAGAAGAUCAAGACGUGAACGUCGUGCAUUUCGUGAAAAAAAAAUGAUUGGUAGAGUUGUUAGUCCACCAAGUUAUGCAGCACGACAAAGUCCAGAAUAUAACCCAUAUAGAAAAUCAUCAUCAAAAUCAAAAUCAAGAUCAACAUCACCAAUAAAUGCUGGUAAAAUAACAUAUAUUACAAGUUUUGGUGGUGAUGAAGAUACACAUGGUACAACAAGUCAAAUAAUACAAUCAACAUCAUCAUCAUCAACAUCAAAUACUAAAAAAUUUAAUAAUACAAUUAAUAGUGUACGUAAUAAAAGAUCUAAAAGUCCAAUUUUUACUGAUAGACAUGCUAGAAAAAUAAGUCGUUCAAAGACAAGAAGUCGUUCAAGAUCUUUGAAUAAAUUUAGAUCAUAUAAAUCACGUGAUUCACGUGAUAGAAAACGUUCAAGAUCAAGAAGAAGAUCAAUAUCAAGAUCAAGAAAAUAUCGUUCAAGAUAUGACAGAUCAAGAUCACGAAGUAGAUCAAAUAAAAACCGUUCAAAAUAUCAAAGAAGUAUAAGUAGAUCAAGAUCAAAUUCAUCAUCAAAAAGUUCACCAUCAAUAACAAGACAAAAAAGAUCAAGAAGUCGUUCAAAUAGUUAUUCAAAAUCAAGAUCAAAAUCAACAAGUUGCUCAAGAGAAGGAUACAGAAAAAAAUAUAAAGAAAUGUCAAAGUCAAGAUCAAAAUCAAAGAGUCCAUUGACAUCUAGAUCUGAAAAUAAAACAUCUAAUGUGGCUGUUAAAAAUAUCGAGAAUAAAACAUCAACUUUACCUAGAUAUUAUGGUCGACGUGGUAAAUCUUCAAGUUUAGAAAUUGACGUAUCUGAUUCUGAUGAAUCAAAAAAUUUGAAUAAUUCAAAAACAACAAUUUCCAUCACUAACAUAAACAAGCCAAAAGCAGGGUUAAGUACCAAUUCUGGUGCCGGACACAAAUCGGUGAGAAUAACACCGCAAGAGCGGCUUAAAAAAAAAAUGCAAGCUUUGUUGAAUAGACAAUACAAAGCAGAUAAAAAAGCUGAACAAGCUCGUAUUGAAAAAAUGGAACAACAACGUCAAGAUCGAGAAGAUGAGAUUCGAGAAAUGUCAUUAAAGCUUCGUCGAAGACAAAGAGAAAAACGACAUCGAUAUGAGGGUCAUAGUUCUGAUUCAAGAUCAUCAGUGUCAAGAUCACCAAGUCCAAGACAUUCAGUAUCUUCGUCAUCAAGACGAGAUCGUCGUGAACGUGAUGAACGAAGUGACGUUGAUCAUGAUCGUGACAGAGAUCGUAAUCGUGAUCGUGAUAGAGAUCGUAAUCGUGAACGUGAUAGAGAUCGUGAACGUGAUAGAGAUCGUGAUCGUGACAGAGAUCAUAGUAGAAGAGAUGAUCGCAACAGAAGCCGACAUGAUUCACGCAGACGUUAUCGGGAUAAUUCACCAAGAUCUCCAAGUCCCCGUAACAACAGAGGCCUGGUUGAUUAUUAAUAAAUUUUUUUUGCUGUCAACUGGAACUUAAUUAAUUAGGUGAAUUAAUUGUUGGUUUUUUUUUUUUCUACUAGACACUUAUUCGCUCAAAUUUUGUGAGCAUUUUCACGUAAUUCCAAUUAACUUUAAAAUUUUAAUAUUAAAAAGCAAAAUGGGUAAAUUGAAUAUUAAAAUAGU